AAUUGAAAUUAAAAAAAAUCCAAAAUUACCUUCGGAAUAUAUUAAUAAUGUAUUGAAAACUGUUCCAAGUAUAAGAGUAUUAGAAAUUUUAAAUAGUGAUUCAAUUAAUAUUUGUAAUAAUCCAAGAUCCAAUAAAAAUUUACUGCCAAUUACGUCUCUAUAUUAUACAGGUGGUUCAAUAAUUACAUUACCAAAAAAUUCAUUAAUUUGUUUAUGGAAUCUGGAAACAUUUUCAAUAUCAAAAACGCAAUUGACGACAAUUGAAGCUGGUGUGUUUAAUUCAAUGGAUACUCUCAAAUAUAUAUAUUUAGCAUUCAACAAAUUAACUCGUAUUUCAACUGGUAUUUUUGAUGGUCUCAAUAAUUUAAUUAGACUCGAGCUGAAUCAUAAUAAAAUUAUUGAAAUUGAUAGUAAAUCAUUGAUGAAAUUUGGUGAAAAUGAUUUACAACUUGUCAAUUUAAGUUACAAUGAAAUUUCAAUUAUUAAAAAAGAUACUUUUCAAGGUUUUAAAUGCAGUCAGUUGGAUCUAUCACACAACAAAAUUAGCCACAUUGAAGAUAAUGCAUUUGAAGAUUCCAAUAUUCAUGAUAUUUUUUUAUUUAACAAUGCUAUCAUCGAUGUGAAAAUUAAAGCUUGGAAGAUUCCGCCAUUUACUUUUGUUCAUACUAAAAUACCAUCUUAUUUCAUAUCAUUUUGUUCAGGAAAACGAACAAGAGUGUGUGAUCAUUCAGGAUUGUGUGAGUCCAGAUGCAUUGAUUUCAAUUCCAGCCCAUCAGGAUUAGGAUAAAAAAAAUAAUAAAAACAUGAUACAUAUUUAUUUUUAGUUAAAUCAU